AUGGCCACCUCACCGAACCGACGAAGUCGGCACUCACCCACACGACCCAAGGCCGCUGGUUCGGCCGGUCAUGACCCUCGGAUUUCUUUGCACUUGUCCAGCAAGAGAAAGAAUUCAUUGAGACGGAGGAUACGUAAUGUCUUCAUUGGCAUAGUUGUCUCCGCAGUUCUUAUCGCAUGCCUUAGAGGAUAUUUCUCUGGUGAUGCUCUGGGAUACAUGCAGUACAGCCCACAAGCCCAAUUCGUCGACUGGUAUGACAGAAGAGAGGAAGUGAGAGAUGCGUUUCUGACGAGCUGGAAUGCUUACAAGAAACACGCAUGGGGUAACGAUGUCUUUCAUCCUAUGUCCAAGAGAGGAGAAAACAUGUCUCCCAAGGGCCUAGGCUGGAUCAUCGUCGACAGCUUGGACACAAUGAUGCUCAUGAAUUUGACUCAGCCCCUCGCUGAUGCCAGGAGAUGGCUGCACCGCAGCCUCACUUGGGACCAAGACCAAGACGUAAACACCUUUGAGACCACGAUCCGUAUGCUGGGCGGCCUUCUAUCGGCACACUAUCUCUCAACCCAGCUGCCGCAUGCCGCAUCCAAAAGAGACUCUGUCUAUCUCUCGAAGGCGAUCGACCUGGCGGACCGGCUCCUGGUGGCGUUUGACUCCAACUCUGGGAUCCCGUUUGCGAGCGUCAAUAUCGGCAAGAGGGAGGGCAUCGCCUCGCAUGCGGAUGGUGGGGCUUCGUCCACGGCUGAGGCUGCGACUGUACAGCUUGAGAUGAAGUAUCUUUCCCACUUGACUGGAAAUGACGUUUACUGGAAAAAAGCAGAGCGCGUCAUGAAGGUGCUGGAUGACCAGAAGAUGGAGGGUGGACUACUUCCCAUCUUUGUGCAUCCGAGUCACGGACAGUUCACGACGAGGGAGAUUCGGCUCGGAAGUCGAGGUGACUCGUACUAUGAGUAUCUUGCGAAGCAGUACCUCCAAACAGGCGAACGCAUCUACCGCGACAUGUGGGAUGACGCCUUGGGCGGCAUCGCGAGACACCUCGUCACGACAACGCUGAACGCAGCACUGAAGUUCGUUGCAGAGCUUCCGACCGGCGUGGGAGGACCGCUAUCUCCCAAGAUGGACCAUCUCGUCUGCUUUCUUCCAGGCACAAUCGCCAUGGCUGCAACAGAAGGACGGCCUCUUGCGGAAGCCCGUCGUGACCCGGGCUGGACGGCUCAGCAUGAAGACGACAUCGAACUCUCGAUCGAGAUCAUGAACACCUGCUGGGGCAUGUAUGUCGUCACAGAAACUGGUCUCGCCCCCGAGAUUACGUGGUUCAACGCCACAGAAGCAGACUUACAGCCCGGACCUGGCGACAGGUGGUUACGUAAAGAAAGCAGUGUACUGUCGAGGUGGAAAAAGGACUUCAUUAUCAAGCCCCUCGACGCUCACAACCUGCAAAGACCCGAGACGGUAGAGAGUCUGUUCAUGAUGUACCGCAUCACUGGCAAUGCCAUGUACCGAGAAUGGGGCUGGAAGAUUUUCCAAUCGUUCCAGAAGCAUACUUUGGUGCCCGACGGAGAGGGGUAUACUAGUAUGAAUGAUGUACGGACGGUGCCCGCUUCGACGAGGGAUAAUAUGGAGAGUUUCUGGCUGGCUGAGACUCUGAAGUAUUUAUACUUGCUGUUCUCGCCGACGGACUACAUGCCAUUAACAGAGGUCGUCUUCAACACAGAGGCUCAUCCUUUUCCAAGGUUUACGCCAAGGAGUUCUUUAAAGACUGGCUGGGAAAGGCUGCCGCGAUGA